GUAAAUGGAUUGGACCUUUCGGAACUUGGCCAGCUUGGAGGAAAUCAGAAUGGGUUGACUGCAUAAAUUGCCUUGAACUUGCUUUUGGCUAGAUUUGGAAAGAUAUGGGAGAAGAGAUUUCAGCAUUAUUAACUUUGCCACUAGGUGUUGAAUACAACGCAGAUUUGAAGCCCUCUUAUCUAGCUUUUGUGAGAUCUGCCUAUGACAAAAGUAAGCCUUUCAAUGCUCAAGAGCACAUUUCAUUUCUGCUUACUUUAAUUUGCAAAUAUAUGGUUUGUUCAGCUAGUAAAGGCCCUACUAAAGAAUUUGUCCCAUUAGCUGUUGCUUUAGCACAUGGUAGACGAUUAGCUCUGGGUCCUUUUCUGCUUGCUUAUUUAUAUAGGAGUUGCCAAGAUGUCAUAGCUCAUCCCUUAGGCAUUAGUGGUGGGCCACUUUGAAUUCUGCAGUUGUGGCUUUACUCUUAUUUUCCAGCACUUGCUCCUAUUUCAUCUACUGUACCAGCUCAAAAUCUACUCACUUACAGCUUUAUGUUCAAAAAUGCCGCGAAGAACAAGAGAAGUUUUGAGGAGUGCUUCAGAUUUUUUGCUUCUCUUUCUGUUGACAGAUCUGAUGCAGAUUUCACUAUGUUUCUAAGCAGAUCUCAUGGGCCUUCAUGGCUUCAAGGUUAGAAAUUUCUUCUUUAAGCUCUUGGAGAUGUUUAACUUGUGUGACAUGAGCAACCUUCAUUGCCAAGAAUUCUUCCUUCUUCUUAAAAACAGCGGCAGUGCUAUCCGUUAUAGAUUUUCUCACAGAUUU